AAUCUACAAAAUUUAAAAGUUUAACUGAUAAUGCUUUUGCAAAAGCACUAGCUACAGGAACUCUUCAACAAUAUUUAUAUUUACAAAUAAAUCAACAAAUUUGCAAUGCUCAUUAUAUGGAAAUUGUUGAAAAUGCUUGGAAUAAUUAUAGAAAAAAUUAUCAAGAUAAUAUUAAUCCAUUACCACAAUUGUCACUUGCUGAUAAAAUCAAAAAAAUAACAACUAUAAUAUAUAAUAACGAAAAGAAAUAG